UGAGUACAAAUAAUUUUUGCUAUAUCAAAUUAUCCUGAAAUAACUAAAAUUAAAUGAAAUUCACAAAAUUGUUCUAGUAAAAGUAAGUGUAACCUAACUUACUUAAAAUUGAAUUUGAUUUAAAUAAAAUAUUUAAUUUAUGUCGUAUUUUAAAACAUCGCGCCAAUGAGUGUUAGUUCAUCAGUUUGCCGCGGAGGGUGUUGGAUGUCAUGUGACUGUAGUGGGGAGCGUUGAAGAGGCAUAAAAGUUAGCGCACGAGCUCGAAGAGUCAUUAUUUCUUUUUCAGUUGCAGCAACAUCAGAAGCAGCAGUAGAAACUGUAGUAGAACGUUUCAAAGUAAAAAUGUCAAAUUUCUUACCAAACUCUAAUCAACUCUGUAGCGGGGAAGAGGACAUAGAAUAUGUUAUAUUUGAUGAAUAUUAUUAUAAUUCUUAUGAGGAUUCGGAUGAGAACUCCGAUGAUAAUGAGGUUGAAAUAUAUGAUAGUCAGGGUUCAACCAUCAUUCUUAGCAGCGAUGAUGAAGACACAAAUGAUAAUAAUAAUGAUAUUAAUAUAUUUGAUAUUAACUUUGGUGAAGAAGAGUUGUCAGAAUUAUUAGAAUGCGUCCCUGACAUUGAUCAAAUGUUGAAUGCAUACAACAUGUUCGAAUCUUUGCCUGAUAUUAAUCAAAUAUUGGAUGAAUACGGCAUGAUUCUACCAGAGAGUCCGAACAGUGACGUAUUAGAAAUUAAUAUUAGUGAAGAUGAGAUGUCGGAAUUACAUGAAUUAAUUCCUCCAGAAACACCACCCACUCUAAGCGAUGACACAUCCUGCAAAUCUUCACCUUAA